GUCAUCGUGACCAUCAUCGACACCAACGACAACGAGCCGGUGUUCUCUCACAAGCUCUACCGCGCCAACAUCUCGGAGAGCUCCGAACUCGGGAGCCCCGUGCUGAGGGUGAGCGCUACUGACCGUGACCGUAACAGGCGCCUGCUGUACACUAUCGCCUCGGCCAGCUCUACGAGAAGUCUGGACAAGUUUACCAUAGGGGCUAAGAAUGGCGUGAUCGUGGUGUCGGGCUCCCUGGAUAGAGAAGAUCUCUCCCGCCAUCUCCUGACCGUGAUGGUCCGGGACCAGGGCGUGCCCUCCAAGCGUAGCUACGCCCGUGUGGAGGUCAACGUGCUUGACCACAAUGACCACACGCCUCGCUUCCUGGCCACGGCCCAGAGAGGUCAGGUGUAUGAGACAGCGGCUGUGGGGACUUCUGUGCUUCAGGUCAUGGCUGUGGAUGGAGACAAGGGGAUCAACGCCGAGUUGUCUUAUGCUUUUGUCUCUGGCAAUGCUGACAACACAUUCCGGAUCGACGAGAGACUGGGCAUUAUCUCCGUUGCCAAAGAACUGGACCGCCACGUCCGGGCAGACUUCCAGCUCCUGGUGUCCGCUACAGACAAGGGUCAUCCGCCUCUCUCCAGCUCCACCACGGUCAACAUCGCCGUCACCGUCUCCAAAAAUGCACCUCCAAAAUUCUCCGCUCAAGAGUACCCGGUGGAACUGCAGGAAAAUCUCCCACCAAACACUGUUGUGACGUCACUGACGGCCGACAGUCUUUCCACGGUCGUGUAUGCCAUAACGUCAGGGGAUGACGAAGGGUUCUUCAGCGUGAACCCUAACUCGGGCGUUGUCUUCACUCUGAAGCCCAUUGACUUUGAAGAGCACGAGUUCUUUAAUCUAACAGUCACAGCUACGAACAUCAUCUCUGCGUCCCAGUCCGUGUCUGUCAUCAUCCACAUUAUUGACGUCAACGAUAACGCGCCGGAGUUCGUCUACUCUCGCUACCAAGGCAACAUCAGCGAGUCAGCUCUUCGGGGAUCCAUGGUGUUGGGCGAGAACGGAGCUCCUCUAGUCGUCCAAGCCACAGAUAAAGACUCGAACAAUAACGCCAGACUCCAUUACGAAAUCAUCAACCAUGAUGUCUUGCAGUAUUUCGCUAUUGACCCGAACACUGGUGCUAUACGCAGCGUAGCUUCGCUCGACUACGAAACUCAAUCACAAUUUAACUUCUCUGUCCAAGUCAGCGACGCGGGAAACCCACAACUUCAGGCGUUCAUGACGGCAUCCGUUCUCGUUUACAUCACAGACAUCAACGACUGCCCACCUCGGUUUGGACACCACACCUACGAAGCUUUAGUCGUACUUCCAACGUACUCUGACGUCACAGUUAUCCGUCUAGACGCUGUAGAUCCAGACAGUGUGUACGACAAACCGCUCUCUUUCUCUAUAGUGUCCGGCAAUGAGGAGGGAGUGUUCGCCAUCGAUCCUGUCUUUGGCGUGAUCAGGGUAGAGAAGAGCGUCGUCACACAACCCAAGUAUGAGCUGCAGGUUCAGGCGAGUGACGGAAAGUUUCACACUCUGACCAGAGUCUACGUCUCCAUACAGCAGGAGUCGGAGGCCAGCUUCAAGUUUACCCAAGACAGAUACACAGCUGCUGUGCCCGAGAAUUCUGCUGCCGAACUGAAGCUGGUUGUCAUUCAACCUGUUGGCCUGGCUAUUGGACAGCACCUGACCUUCACCCUGCUCAACAACCGUCAGUUCUUCAACGUCAGCCAGACAUCUGGGGUUUUGUCCACUUCCGGGGUCCAGUUUGACCGGGAGGAGAAAGAUAAUUACACAGUGGUUGUCAAGGUGGAAGACACGAGUGUCCCUGAGCUGUCAGCCCAUGUGGUUGUCAUGGUAACGGUGGAAGAUGAGAAUGACAACCCACCAAUGUUUCUGAACCUCCCUUACCACUGCACCGUCUCAGGGGACGCGAAGGAAGGGAAAGUAAUCCAGGUGGUCCGAGCUGUUGACCUUGACCUUGGGGAGAACGCGGCUAUCAAGUACUCGCUGGCUGACACCAGCAAUGACAAGUUUGCCAUCAACCCCUACACUCGGGAGAUUGUGGUCAAGGGACUGGAGGAGAGAGACCACAACACAGAGGUCGUUCUCAAGGUCAUCGCUCAAGACAAAGGUUCACCACCUCUGACUGCAGUGGCCGCCGUGGUGGUCCACAUCAUCGACAGUUCGAGUCCACUGUUUGAGCAGGCGGUGUACGAGACGAGCGUCCCUGAGAACGUGGCUCCCCACACGCCGGUCAAGUCGGUCAAGGCCAUCUCGCCGCACGGACAGAAACUCAUCUACUCCAUCAGCAGGGGAGACAAGUACGGGGAGUUCUCCCUCGACUUCAAUACUGACAUGGAAAAUUUGGGUCCAUGCUACCUGUCUGUGGUUGGACAUUUGGACUAUGAGGACACCAAGUCUUAUCUUCUCACCGUCAGAGCCAGCGAUGUUUUUACAGGGAAUUUCGCAGAGGCCAUUGUCAACAUCACUGUAGAGGACAUCAACGACAAUCCACCGGUGUUCACCAGCCUGACCUACACACAAACACUGUCCGAGUCUGCCAGCCUUGGCGCUAACAUCCUGACCGUCAAUGCCACGGACACUGACCAGGGAGCCAACGCCCUGGUCCACUACACUCUGGCACCGAUAGCCCCAGGAAACCGGGAUCCUGAGACUUUCCUGGUCAACCCAGAGACCGGACAGCUGACCCUGAGGAAGGUUCUGGAUCAUGAGGAGCAGACAGAGUACAGGUUCCUGGCUGUGGCCACGGAUAGCGGGAAUACCGCACUCAGCUCCACAGCCGAGAUACAUAUAAAGGUUCUGGAUUUGAACGACAACCCACCAGUGUUCACCCAGCCCUCUUACGACUGUUACAUUAGCGAUGGUGCCACCAGAGGUCAGCUUGUCUUCAAGGUCGUGGCUUUCGACCCUGACGAAUCAGACGUGGACAACCUCCUCUACAGCAUUGUCGGAGGCAACGAGAAGUUCACUUUUGACAUGGAAUCCAGCGCAGGAAUUAUCUCCCUUUCUGAGCAGAGGCAGCCCAUCCUGGGUGCUGCCUACACUCUAAACGUGUCAGUCAGUGACGGUGUGUACUCUAGCUUUGCCCGUGUCACCAUAGACGUACACAACGUGAACCGACACACGCCUGUGUUUGGGAAAGAGACGUACAAUGUGGUGGUCUCGGAGAUCAGCGGUGUGGGGACCAGUAUCGUCACUGCCUCGGCUGUUGAUAACGAUAGAGGGAAUUAUGGGAUGCUGACCUACUCCAUCAUCAGCGAUGAGAUGGGGAAGAAGUUCGGAAUCGACGCAGAUACUGGGGAGAUCACCACAAAGGAACUCCUGGACAGAGAGAAAGAGAGCAAGUACACGUUCACUAUCGCUGCUACAGACAAUGGUGGCAAGAUGGGAUUUGCGACUGUUAUUGUCCGAGUGAGAGAUGAGAACGACAACCUGCCUCAGUUUCUCAUGGAGGAAUACAAAGCUAACAUUCCGUACAAUGCAUCUAAGAAGACUUCCAUCCUAAAGCUCCAGGCCGUGGACCUUGACGAGGGCAACAAUGCCAAAAUCCUGUACACACUCCACCCUGGCAAUGAUGAGAUGGUGGAGAAACUGUUCGACGUCAACGCUUACUCGGGAGAAAUUGUCCCCAGAGAUUCUCUCAUUGAUGCUGAAAACCAGCUGUUCCAGUUCUUUGUGCGUGCGGCAGAUGGUGGUGAGCCCUCCCUGGAGAGUCACAUCCCUGUGGAGAUUUUGGUCAUGGGACGGAACGACUCACCGCCAAAGUUCUUGGAGUCUCGCAGACUCUUCUUUGUGGAUGAGGAUGAGCAGGUUGGAGCAAUCAUUGCCACAAUCAAGGCUCGCAGCUCUGGGCCAGUACUCUGGGCCAGUAGUCUACAGCAUUGUACAAGGUUUCACUCCAAGUGCAAUAAACCAGCCAUCUUUACCGUGGAUUCUUUGGGUCGUUUGCGACUGAUGCGACGUCUUGACUGGGAGACAACUCCAUCAUACAGACUGUUUGUCCGGGCUCAGAGUCGAACUUCACCAGCUUUGGUGGAUCACAUGGAAAUUGGAAUUGAGGUGCGUGAUGUGAACGACAACCCACCAUUCUUCGCCUGCACACCAUACCAAGCGACAGUAUCCGAGAGUGCCAAGUCUCAACAUCAGAUCAUACAACUCCAAGCGUCCGAUCGUGACCUUCAGACCAACCCGCUCAAGUUCACCUUCGGCCCCGGUAUGCAGGCAAUGGCCAGCAUCUUUUCCAUCGAUGCUAAGAGUGGAUGGAUUAUGCUGCUGACCAAACUAGACCGCGAGACCCAGUCCCAGUACAACUUGACCGUCGUAGUGUCAGACAGUCCGUCGUCCUCGCUGCGUAAGUCUGGUCAGUAUCCGUCACUGACCACGACUACCAGCGUUCUCAUCACUGUCACAGACUGCAAUGACAACCCACCGGCGUUUGAAAAACAGAACUACCCCACUGCGGUCAAUGAGGGAGCACUACCAGGCACGGUGCUCAUUACACUGGACACGACGGAUGCCGACUCAGGACCCAACUCUGACGUGACUUAUUACAUCACAGAGGGAGAUCAGCUGGGGAGGUUUGAGAUUCACAGUACAGGAGAGCUGUUUGUCAACAAGCCCCUGGACAGAGAGACCAAAGCUCAGUACAGACUACGUGUGGCAGCCACAGAUGGAGCUUAUGUCACUUUUACCACAGUCACUGUUGAUGUUCUCGAUGACAAUGACAACGCUCCAGUCUGUGUCAGCCGAUUCAUCAAGUGGUUCAGAAUGAAGACAUCAUCAAAGGCUCCCAUUGCUCAUGUGAGAGCAUCAGACGCGGACGCCCCAAGCACAGUCAACUCUCGGGUCUCUUACAGCCUCACAGGAGAGGGAGCUGACCACUUCCUUAUUGACAAAGAGACUGGCCUGAUCCGUACAGCAAAACUUCUGGACAGAGAGACACAGCCGGAGUUUGAGCUGACUGCUGUGGCCCGUGAUGGGGGCGGGCUGAGCUGUACGACUCUCGUACUUAUCUACCUGAAGGAUGUCAACGACAAUGCGCCAACCUUCACUCAGGGCACACUGCGCAAGUUAUACAGCAUACACGAGGACGCAGAAAUACACACACUGCUGACACGCCUUGUGGCCAUUGACGCAGAUACAGGUAUCAACAGUCAGAUCCGGUAUCGCCUGGCCCGAGACAGUAUCAACACAUUCAGCAUCCACCCAGACAGUGGCAUUGUCAGCCUCAUUGCCGCACUAGACCGGGAGAGGAACCCAAGCUACAACCUCACUGUUGUAGCAUAUAAUCCGAUCUCUCCUGACCUCUCCACGGAAGCGACCAUUAUGGUGACCGUCCUGGACGUCAAUGACAACCCACCAGAAUUCCAACACUCUAGCUACUACGCCACAAUCCAGGAGUCGGCCAAUGUGGGCACACCCAUCAUCAAAAUCACUGCCACCAGUCUGGACAUCGGCAUCAAUGCUGACAUCACCUACUCCAUUGCCGCCGGCAACGAGCAGGGGAAAUUCUCCAUUGACCCAAACAAAGGUGUCCUUGUGGUCACUGAACCUCUUGACCAUGAGCUGGCCCGAGAAUAUUUCAUCACGGUACUGGCCACUGACCGAGGCACGCCUCCACUUACCAACACAGCCAUCGUCAGUAUCAACAUCACAGACGUCAACGACAACCCCCCACGGUUCAGCCAGGAUGCUUACACCGUCCAUGUGAAGGAGAAUGUGCAUGAGGGGACAGAGAUCUUUAAAGUGAUGGCGACAGACAGCGACAGUCUUGCCAAUGCUCAGAUCACCUACAGCAUCAUCAGCGGAAACACCAACAACCACUUCAUCAUCGACCCCAGGGACGGGAUCUUGCAGGUCAACGCUCACCUGGACAGAGAGGAGACGGCCACGUACUCCCUCCUGAUAGAGGCACACGACUCCGGCCUGCCCAUGCUGCUGAGUUCGGCUGUGGUCAGCGUGGUGGUGGAUGACGUCAAUGAUAACCCCCCAAGGUUCCUGCAAGACUCCUACCAGGGACUUGUGCAGAACGCUUCUUUAGUCACCGAGGGCCGGCGCACGGGUAUCGAGGUGGUCACUCUGAGCGCUGUGGACGAUGACCUGCCCGAGAACGGGCCGCCCUUUGUCUUUGAGAUUGUCGGCGGCAACGACAACGGAGAGUUUCACAUCGACAGUGGUGGCGUCAUCAGCACGGCUGGCAAACUCUCCAAGAAAGUGCAGGAUGUCUACCAUCUGUCUGUUAGAGCCUACGACAACGGUAAACCUCCACUACACUCUGAUGUGGCUGUAACAGUUGAGGUGGUAGAUGACAGUGUGUACGCCCCGGAGGUUCGAGACCUGGCCAUCACCAUUAGGUCGUGCAUGGACAGCUUCCCGGGCGGUGUGAUUGGCCGUGUAGAGGCACAAGACAGGGACCCUUAUGACAAAAGUAUCUUCAGCAUCGUAUCGGCCAACAGUCACCUGUUUGACGUACACCGAUACGACGGCCGCCUCAUUGCACUGACCGGCCUGGACGCCGGGAGUUACAUGGUCAACGUGAGUGUGUCAGAUGGGAAGUUCACCAGUUACGGGAAAGUGGACAUUGAGGUCAUCUGUACAUCCAAAGAGAUGCUGGACAACGCCAUCACCAUCCAGUUUGAGCACAUGAUCGAGGAGCAGUUCUACGCAAACUUCAAGGAAGAUUUCCAGAGGGUAAUCAAACAGGGCCUGGAUGUGAGGACUGCCGAUGUGGAAAUUAUCAACGUCCAGCCAUCCUCAGAGAGUGCGGAGAAGCCGAGAAACAAACGAAGAGGGGGUUCGAACCGGAGGAAAAAGAGAGACGCUGAUGAUAACCUUGAUGUUCUGUUCGCCGUGAGGAAGUCAGCAGAUCGCUUUUAUCACAAGAGGCCAUUGAAGAGGAAAGUGGAGAGGAUCAGAGGAAGGAUAGAGAGCGUGCUGGGUGUUCAGGUGUUAGAUAUCUUCACCGACACGUGCAGCAAGGCAUCGUGUGACAUUGGGACCUGCGUUGGGAAGGUGCAUUUUGAUGAGAGUACCCUCGUCCCUAUCCUAGUCAAUGGAGCCAGCUUUGUGUCUGCGCGUCAUCGCUACACAGAGCAGUGUGUUUGUUUGGAGGGCAACUGUAAGGAACAGGUAUGUGGGGAUACCACCUGUACCGCCAACAAGGUCUGUCUGCGAGACGCCUUUGGGGACUACAGCUGUCAGUGUCCGGAGGGUCGCACAGGGGACUUGUGUGAGACAGUGGUGCCUUUGUGUAGUGGGAGCAGCUGUCCAAUAGAACGACCGAUGACCUUUGCUGGUAAAAGCUAUGCCAAGUGGAAGCUGCAACAUUCCACCAAGAAGAGGUACUCCCUGAGGUUCCGGAUUCGCACCAGGCAAAGCUCAGCCACUCUAAUGUACGCCACGGGGAAAGUGGACUACAGCAUUCUCAAGAUUGACCGAGGAAGCUUAGUUUACAAGUUUGACUGUGGCAGUGGAGAGGGUCAGGUUCGAAUCCCGGUAGACCUGAGUGAUGGUCAGUGGCACAUAAUUGAGCUGGACAGGAACGGCCGGGAGGCGGAACUAGCCGUAGACUCGGACUACACUGCCCUGGGUGUCGCUCCUGGCAUUCAUGCUAUUCUUAAUGUGGACACAGAGGAGGUCUAUUUCGGUGCUGAAGUAGAUGUGUUCCCUAAUGGCUACAGAGAUAUUAAACAUGGCUUCGAGGGUUGCAUGGAAGACAUCAGAAUCUUCAACAUCCCGUUGCCUUUCAGCGGCAGCAAUGAAGUGGCUCAGGCUCUGGAGUUUGAACUUGUGGAGUUUCACUGUCAGGAUUACCCAGCCAAAUAUUUGCCCGGUGGUAAUGCAUGCAGUAGUAACCCCUGCCUCAAUGGAGGCCAGUGCAAGUUCUCCGGCCUCAACUCUUACGUCUGUAUCUGUCGGGGAAGAUUCCGCGGUGCCAAGUGUGAGCGGGACCCUGAUCCUUGCUCUGACAAGCCUUGCACGAACGGAGGGCGUUGUGAAGUGGACCUGGAGGUUCCCAACAGCUAUCAGUGUCACUGUAAGGAUGAUUUGACCGGCGUCCGAUGUUCUUACGGCAAGUUCUGUCGACCGAACCCAUGCCAUCAGGGCGGGAUCUGUGUGGAGGGACCCACCGCACCGCUCUGUGACUGUAAACCUGGAUACCAAGGCUUGUACUGUGACAGAAUGUCUGACGCCUGCGACUCGGCACCGUGCCAAAAUGGCGCCACGUGUCACAACGUGCUAGGUGGAAGCUACUCCUGCAACUGUACGGCCGACUACUACGGCAAGAACUGCGAGCAGCUGCUGGCUGAGAUGGGAGCGACGAUAACCUCCUCUCCAACCUUCACUUACGGAAUCAUAGGAGCCGUAGCAGGAAUUGUCGUGUUGGCUGUCCUAGUGAUUCUGAUCCUGCUACUUUUGAGGCGGAGGCGGAGGGAGAGGCGAAGACGACGGUCACCAUCUGGGGGAGACACAGGGAGCGAAGUGCUCCUUAGUGGGAAAGAGAAACGCCUGAGCAACCCAGACCUGACAGAGCCAGUCCAGGCACUCCCGUCGCAGCCUCCUCCAGUGCCCACGCGGCCAGCCUCCUACACACCCAGUACGCACGACUCGCUGAACACACUCAACAAUCUGGACAGCGUCAGGAACUACGGGAGUGCAGCUGAUGAGCUGGAGAGUACUGGAGGCACAGGCAUAAGAGGACACCUGCCAGACUUCCCUCAAUACCUGGAGUCUUACAGUAACCCAGCCCACACAAACCACAUCCACCCGAUGCUACGUGCCACGCCCCCACCUCCAGCGUCCCGCGCUGCCUCCGAGACAGACUCCAUCCAAAAAGCACCAUGGGAGUUUGAGUAUCCUAACAUCUUGGAGAAUUACAUGGAAGGAGACAAGAAACAACACGACAAGAUGAUGGCCAAGCGAAUGCCAGGCGUCCACUCCCCCCAGCCCUCUCCACAAGCCAGUCACGGGCGUCCAGGUGCUCUGGGAGGGGCAGACACAAGUUCUGUUAGCAGCCUGCCUGUGUCGGAGUCCGAGGACGACCUCAAUGCAAAGCCUGGAAAGAGGAAAGGCUAUCACUGGGACACGUCCGACUGGGCGCCCGGCCCCUCCAUGCCCAACAUCUCCGAGAUCCCCACAAACGAGAUCCUCGACUCGCCCUCUUCCUCACAGCCCAGCGACGACUGCAACGCCAACGCCUGUAACUACGAGGACAACAUGACCACCCAGGCCAUCUACAACAACAGCCGCGACGACAGCCCGCUGCUCAGCUCCGACGAGCAGCGGAGAAACAACAUCGACAGCAACUUCGAGGAUGAGGACGACGACGGGAACGUCAUCUCCAACCUCGUCAUGGACGACCAGGAUUAUUUCGAGGAUUCCGAGUACGUCGGAGACUCCGAGUACGCGGAGAACGAACAAGACGACCUUCCACCAAGCUACGCCGACCACCCAAAGUACGAACAGUUGUUGCAGGAGUACAAUGACAAUUACGAACUACCGGUGAACUUACAGGUUCACCCGAACCAUUAUCUUCCCAACCACUUCUCUGGUCAAGAUCUGGACAUGGACCCUCUCACGGAAGAUGAGAACGCCGGGGACAGGCCUGAAGAAGGUGCCGUGGGGCUUGACCACGACUGCCCACCACUCCGCCCUCCCAAAGAGUUCAUGACCCCUGGCUACCCGACAGACGGCUACCUCACUGACCAGGAACCCCCCUCUAGAAUGUCCUUCAUCGAUGACAUGAGCAUGUCUGUGGGGUUCACCUCGAACGCGUCGUGCUCGGACAUUUCAGGACUGUGUGAGAUCGAGGACAGUGAGAUCAACGCGAGUGACACGGACGAUGAGAACACACCUCUCAACCUAGGAGAGCUGCAGACACGUGUGUAGCCAUGCCAAGUGUGUGUGUGUGUGUGUGUGUGUGUGUGUGUGUGAGAGAGAGAGAGAGAGAGAGAGAGAGAGAGAG